CCCUCCGUCAUCUUACUUAUCUUUUCCAUCUUCCAGCACUUACAUUUUGAUGGAAACCGGUCUCCAAUCUUCAACUACUACCAAUGUCUCUCCCAAAUGACUUUCACUGGGGCUUUGCCACAGCUAGUUAUCAGAUAGAAGGAGCCGUAGACCAGGAUGGUCGAGGGCCUAGCAUUUGGGAUACUUUCUGUAAGAUCCCUGGUAAGAUUGCCGACGGCUCUAGUGGUGAUGUCGCUUGCGAUUCGUACAACAAGACACAAGAGGACAUUGCCUUGCUCAAGGAACUCGGCGCUACAGCCUACAGAUUCUCCAUCUCCUGGUCCCGAAUCAUCCCUCUGGGCGGCAGAAAUGACUCUAUCAAUCAGAAAGGCGUAGAUCACUACGUCAAAUUUGUGGAUGAUCUGCUUGCCGCUGGCAUUACGCCAUUCGUCACGCUCUUCCACUGGGACGUGCCCGAUGAGCUGGAGAAGCGGUAUCGAAGUCUCCUUAGUAGGAAAGAAUUUCCUCUCGAUUUCAAACGCUAUGCAGGCGUCAUGUUUGCGGCCUUGCCCAAGGUCAAGCACUGGGUCACGCUCAAUGAGCCUUGGUGCUCGUCGAUCCAGGCAUACAGCGCUGGCAUCUUUGCACCAGGCGAUGACUCCAGACAGGAUAUAUAUCCGUGGAUUGUUGGUCAUAACCUGCUAUUGGCUCAUGCACACGCUGUCCAGCUUUACAGAUCCGAAUUCAAAGAGGCCAGUCAGGGAGAAAUUGGAGUUGUGCUCAACGGUGACGCCGUCUUCCCUUGGGAUGCAACAGAUCCCGCUGAUGUUGAGGCCUGCGAGAGAAAACUCGAGUUUACUAUUGGCUGGUUUGCGGAUCCUAUAUAUUUUGGCGAUUAUCCGUCUUCUAUGCGCAAGCAGCUCGGCGACCGUCUGCCAGAAUUCACAGCCGAAGAAAGGGCUCUUGUGCAAGGUUCAAACGACUUUUACGGCAUGAAUCACUACACUGCCAACUAUGUGAAACACCGCGAAACGCCAGCAGAGUUGAAUGACAUUGCUGGUAAUUUGGAUGUUUUGUUCUAUAAUAAGCGCGGCGAUUGCAUCGGGGAGGAAACACAAUCGCCGUGGCUGCGGCCCUGUGCGACUGGCUUCAGAGAUUUGCUGGGCUGGAUAAGCAGGCGCUAUCAGUAUCCUAAAAUAUAUGUCACAGAGAACGGCACUAGCAUAAAGGGCGAAGAUGAUUUGUCGAGGGAAGAGAUUCUCGAAGACGACUUCAGAGUACAGUACUUUGACCAGUACGUCAAGGCCAUGGCCGUGGCGAGCUCUCUGGAUGGGGUCAACGUCAGAGGCUACUUUGCUUGGUCUUUGAUGGACAAUUUUGAAUGGGCAGAAGGGUAUCAGACGCGCUUCGGCACCUGUUAUGUCGACUAUAAAGAUUGCCAGAAGCGGUAUCCGAAGAAAAGUGCCCGUCUGAUGAAGGUGCUGUUUGAGAGUAUGAUUAAAAAGUCAUAGCAUCAUUAAUUUUGUCUACUAAAUCUAUUAGAUAUCAUCUAUAUUUAUUGCUGAGGCGUGAUCGUCUUUUCAUUUCCCUCUGUAACGUCGUGUUUUGAUUGCGGCUCUUCGUCAGAUUCGCUCGUAGCCUCUGUCUGUUCCGGAUCAGAUACACAGUCCUUUGCAAGGUACCGCUGAAAGACAUAUACGAGGACCUGAGCUACGAAGAUCUAUUAACUGUUAGUCAUGGUAAAAGAAUAUGAUAGCUUCCUGAGCGUGCCUGUUCAAUGGUGUAUAACAGCACCGGUAUUUCAAGAUAGGCUCUUGUGAGAUGAUCUGACGAUGCCCACAUGGCUGCGACCAAUGGGAUUCCCAGACCGGUUGUUUUGGCUGCACCACAGAAACAAACGGCAAUUGUUUGUUCCUUGGACAUUUGUCGGACCGUCAAACAGCGCUGUAUGAACCCUGGCAUGCGUUUGACGACGGUCGACUCGGUGCAGAUGGAGUUGAUCCAGCUCAUAGCUCGGACAGGUGGGCGAGCUGCGUAAAAGACAAUGACUGUGAAAAGGAGGUAUAGGGCGAUGCUCAUAAAUAUGUCAAAGACUAGUGAUGGCUUGUCGAGAGUGGUGAGGGCUCCUGUUUUGAAAGCGCCAGAAAAGGUAGACCACACAACAAGAAUGAGGCCAACGGUUGAUAUCUUGGCGAGCCGGAGUUUUGUCAAGACUGUAACGACUUUUUUCUCUUGCCACCAGCGUAUAGCUUGUCCCACAGCAAGCGGUAUCAAGACUGUGAGACCGAGCUGCAUUGCUACAUGGGAAUACAUGCUGCCAAAUGUGCUUGGGCCAGCCGGUCUCCAAGGGAUAAAAUCCGGCCCGGUAGGCAUGAAGCCGUAGAUCAGCAACGGCGAAAGAAAGGCUCCAGUGACAUUGCCAAUGACAACAGAUAUGACUGCUGCGGCAUCAUCGCCUCCGGCAUUUCUUGUUAAUACAACGUUGGAAGCAAUGGUUGUUGGAAGGCAUGCUGUUGCUAGCAAUCCGGUCAAAAUUGCGAGCGAGGGUGUUCCAGACUGUAGCGACCCGGCUGCUAGACAGAUGUGAAUUAUGGCUAGAAACUUGGUUAGCAGGGCAUAUUCAUGAAGAAUUAUCCUCA